GCACUGACUCGGCGUAUUCACUUUUAUGUUAAUGCUUACUUAUUUUAGAACAAGUGUAUAAGUUGGAUUGCAUUAGCCGUAUCGGUUGGAUGUGCGUAGUUACGUUGUGAAUAUUUUUGGACACUUGUCGGUGUUUUACACCACUUUAUUAUUAUCUUUAAUUUAAACAAAUAUACAACUCCGUGGCUUGGCGUCAGGAACCCAACCCACGGUUUUAAACCUGUUAUCAAAAAGAACAUAGAAUGGCGUAUGGACUAGCUUUAUAGGUCCACUGAACCAAAAGAGCACCAAACCAAACCCUAGAACGAGUGUUUAUGGAUAGUUAAAAACCUGAGAACUACAGAAAAGUUAAAUCAAGUUAAAGCACUGGUGUAAGGGUGUAAUUUUUGGAGUUUCUGAGCCAUAAAAAAAAAAAAAAAAAUCAAGACAAAACUUAAACAAAACAUAAUAUAUCAAAUAAUAUAUCAAAAUGUCCGAAGAUGAAAUGGAAAGCUUUGAGAUUACUGACUAUGAUUUAGAACAUGAAUUUAACCCAGCCCGUCCUCGACAUAAACUUUCUAAGAGACAACAAAUGCUAGGAAUAUGGGCUGAUGAUAGCGACGAAGACGAUCUAUCUGCAAGACCAUCCUUUAAAACUUAUAACAAAGGUCCAAAGAAUUAUACAACACCAGUUAAUUUUGUUGCUGGUGGUAUUCAACAAGCAGGUAAACCAAAAGAAGAAGAUAAGGAUGAAGAAGAAAAAGACGAAGAAGAAGAGGCAGGAGAAUCCCAAACAAAGUAUCAAAGUAAUUCAAGUUCAGAAGAUGAAAAGCCAAAUAGUUCGUCACGACCAUCUUUCUCUCUAAAUUUAGACAGCGAUAUCGCAGGGUUACGCAAAAAACGUAAUCAAAUUAAUCCACUAUUGAUGAAAAGUGGCAUGGGAAGUUGGGAAGUUCAUACAAAGGGUAUUGGUGCAAAACUGUUAUUACAGAUGGGUUUUGAACCUGGUAAAGGUUUAGGUAAACAAUUGCAAGGAAUAAGUACGCCGGUGCAAGCACAUCUCAGAAAGGGAAGAGGUGCAAUUGGUGCAUAUGGUCCAGAAAAAAUACCAAAACUUGUAGAGAAAAAAGAAAGUAACGAAAUGGAAGAAACAUCAGAAUCUAAAUCCAAAUUGUCACAAUGGAGAAAAAGUGAUAGUAAUAAAAAAAAAGUUAAACACAUUUAUAGAAGUGUGGAUCAAGUUUUGGAAGAUGGAAAAGUAAAGCCUAAUAGAAAACUUCCAGUUUCUAGUGAUAUGAGCAAAGUCAAGGUUAUUGAUAUGACAGGGCCAGAACAGAGAAUUCUUAGUGGAUAUCAUGCGAUAUCUGGUGCUCAGCAGUGUCCAGAUGACACUGUGAUCACAUCUGAUAAAGAAUCUAAAGUAAACUUUGCUCUGCCCGAAUUACAACAUAAUUUAAAGUUACUCGUGGAUAUGUGCGAACAAGAUAUUAUUCAAAACGACCGACUGAUAAGACAUUUAAAUGAUAGAAAGAUUGCUUUAGAAGCAGAAAAAAAGAAUCUAUUUAAAGUUCUCGAUCACCACAGUCAACAAAUUGAGACUUUGGAGAACAUGCUUACGAUUGUGGAUAAAUUACUGAACACAACAAAUGAACUGUCUUUACAAGAGAUUGCUGAGGCGUUCAAGCAGUUACAAGAAAAUUAUUACGAAGAGUACAGAUUAUACGAACUUGGAGAAUUGGCAAGCAGUUUUGUAGCACCGAAACUAAAAGAUUAUUUGCUUAGUUGGAAUCCGUUAAUGCAACCAAAAGAACCGAUUAAGUUAUUCGUAACCUGGAAAGAUGUUUUAGAGAAAGGAACUAGUACGACUCUUCAAAUACAAACUAUGCAACCAUACGAUCAAGUAGUAUGGAGCGCGUGGAUGCCAUCAAUUAGAGGAGCCAUACAGCAAUGGACGUGUAGACAACCCGAUCCUCUGAUCGAAUUACUGGAACACUGGGUAUCAUUGUUGCCUACUUGGAUUUUAGAAAAUAUACUAGAUCUAUUAAUCUUACCAAAAUUGACAUUAGAAGUAGAAGAAUGGAAUCCUCUUACCGAUACUGUACCUAUUCACACGUGGAUUCAUCCUUGGUUGCCGUUAUUACGAAAUCGUUUGGAUACCUUAAUUUAUCCAAUAAUACGCAGAAAACUUGGAUCUGCAUUAGGAGGCUGGCAUCCAUCAGACAGAUCCGCUAGAUUAAUGCUUCAACCCUGGGCGGAGGUAUUUACCAAAGGGGACAUGGAAGCAUUUCUAGUCAAGAAUAUUCUUCCUAAAUUACAAAUAGCAUUAUCCGAGUUUGUUAUAAAUCCGCACGAGCAACACUUAGAUCAAUGGAAUUGGGUUUACGAGUGGAAAGAAUUGAUUCCUGUUCACAUAAUGGCAGGUCUACUUGACAAAUUCUUUUUCCCAAAGUGGUUACAAGUCUUGGCACUUUGGUUAAAUCAUUCACCUAAUUACGAUCAAGUUACAACCUGGUACAUGGGCUGGAAAGGAAUGCUAAGCGAUAAGUUAUUAGGAGAACCAAUAAUAAAAGAACAUUUCAAGAAAGCAUUAGAUAUGAUGAAUAGGGCUGUCAGCGGAUCACAAAAUCAUCAACCUGGCGCACUGGAACAAGUUUCGUAUCUGACGAGCUUAGAGAGAACUCAGCCAACAAUGCCGCAAAUAACACCUAUAGCACAACCGAGAAUGGAGAGACUCGCAGAAGCAGUACGAACAGCCUCACAAAUCCCACAAGGUUUCAAGGAUCUUGUACAAAAGAAAUGCGAGGAGAGGGGUAUAUUAUUCAUGCCGAUCUUGAACAGAUACAAGGAAGGCAAGCAAGUAUAUAAAGUAGGCAAUGUUCAGGCAUACAUUGAUGGAAACGUCGUGUUUGUAUGUCACAAUGGUACAAAUUGGAUGCCAACACAUUUAAAUGCUUUGCUCGAUAUGUCCGAACUUUGAGACAGAUUUAACCAAAUUAAAGC